GAACGGAACAAAAAAACAGGAGGACCGGAAGUUUUAUCUCCACCGUUAUUUGUGAAGUAAUGUUUGCAGUUGAAAUUACGUUUUCUUUACAAAUAAGAGAAAAGUCGUAACAUAUGGACUCCAAAGGACCUUUGCUUUAUGCACAUGCAGGUCCAUCAGGAGACAUGACUUUGAGCACAGAGGAAGACUCAUUAGUGGAAGGCCCGCUGAUCUCUGCCGAUGCCCUCCACUCUGCUAUCAGGAGAGAGUUUCAGACCAUACCAACAACCUGCCCUGCUGGCCUGCUGUCUCUGCUGCAUGUACUGUAUGUUAUAUUCUCGACAUGUGUUGCUCUGCUGUGUGUGCUGAAGUUUGGCCAGGAGGAGGUGUGCACAAACAUUUUGCACGGUGUGCAGGGUGACAGCGUCAUUGUGUUCGGGAAGGUGUUUUUGUGGGUGCUGAUGUUGUUGUUCAGCAUUUGGAUGCAGCAUCACCACACUCGAGUCCGCAGCAGAGGAUACCUGCAGUUUUACAGACGGACUCGGAGACUGAAGCAGCUGCCGUUAAUUCUACACUCGAUAGGAAAUGUUCUGCUGCUGGCACUGCUGGCCAUGAAAUUACCACAGAAUUUACACAUGUACCUGAUGCUCAGCAUUCUGGGGUUGGAGCUCUUGGUGGCUCUGCCUUUUCUGGUCUACUACACAGUCAAAGUGAUGCAGUUCAAUAAAGAGCGAGCUGCACCAGACGUAAGCCAGGAAGAGCUUUCACACACCGGCGCUGUCAGAACCGCUCCAACUGAAACCGGCUUCAGAGGACCCACCAGUCUGGAGGAAGUGGUAGAGAAGCAGGCCGACCUGAUAGAGUACCUGAAACAGCACAACACGUUGCUGAGCAAGAGGCUGCUGAACCUCACUGCUCAGCACUAACCAGUUUGACCUCCUGUGUACGCCAACCAGCAGAUCACUGGCUGCAGCGCUCGGGAGAAGGCACAAUCGUUUUACUGCUCUGAGACUUGAGUAAGCAAAUGCACCUGUACACACAGACUGACCCGGCUCCUCUGUGAAGUAUCCUCACCUGAGAUGGACAGAUAAGGCGGAGGAACACAGGAGAUAAAGAAAGGAGUCGUGGGUCACAGAUCAGAGACGAGGGGCUUUUAUCACGGCCUCCUGUGGAUGCUGCUGCGCUUGUUACUGUGAAUGAAACGGAGUAAAACGAUCACCCGGAGGGAGAGGUUAUGACUCAUCUGAUUCAUG